AGCAGCAGCAGCAGCGCGGCGACCACCCCGACCACCAGCAGAACAUCAACAACACAACGUAGAUCCACCCAGCUGGCAGUGCAGCCACCCCACGCUGAGAGAGAGGAAUGCCUUGAUGUUUAACAAUGAGCUGAUGGCUGAUGUCCACUUUAUUGUCGGUCCUUUGGGGGGAUCGCAGAAGGUUCCAGCGCACAAGUAUGUGCUGGCCGUGGGAAGCUCCGUCUUCUGUGCCAUGUUUUACGGCGAUCUGGCGGAGGAGGAGUCUGAGAUCCAUAUCCCAGAUGUGGAACCUGCUGCUUUUCUAAUUCUGCUGAAAUACAUGAACAGUGAUGAGAUCGACCUGGAGGCAGACACGGUGCUGGCCACCCUGUAUGCUGCCAAGAAGUACAUCGUACCCGCACUGGCGAAGGCCUGCGUCACCUUCCUGGAAACUAGCUUGGAGGCCAAGAACGCCUGCGUGCUGCUCUCUCAGAGCCGCCUGUUCGAGGAGCCUGAGCUAACGCAGCGCUGCUGGGAGGUGAUCGACGCUCAGGCCGAGCUUGCGCUGUGCUCCGAGGGGUUCUGUGAAAUCGACCUGCAGACACUGGAGAUCAUCCUGCAGGAGACGCUCAACACCAAGGAGGUGGUGGUGUUUGAGGCCGUCAUGAGCUCCACAGCGGAGUGCAAGAGACAAUGUUUGACUCCUACAACCCGCAACAAAAGAGACGUCCUUGGCAAAGCAUUGUUUUUAGUGCGCAUCCCCUCCAUGAGCCUAGAGGAGUUUGCUAACGGGGCGGCGCAAUGUGAUAUCCUGACACUGGAGGAGACGCACAAUGUUUUCCUGUGGUACACUGCGGCUAAAAAGCCCCAACUGGACUUCCCUCUGGGCAGGGAGGGAUUGUCGCCACAGAGGUGCCACCGCUUCCAGUCCUCGGCUUACAGGAGCAAUCAGUGGCGCUAUCGCGGGCGGUGUGACAGCAUCCAGUUUGCAGUGGACAAGAGGAUCUUUAUCGCUGGUCUGGGGCUAUACGGGUCGAGCGGGGGGCAAAGCUGAGUACACCGUCAAAAUCGAACUGAAGAGACAGGGGUGACCCUGGCACAGGCCCUGACAAAGUUUGUGUCGGACGGGUCGAGCAGUACGUUUCCCGGUUGGUUCGAGCACCCUGUUCAGGUGGAGCAGGACGCCUUCUACACGGUGAGCGCCGUGCUGGACGGGAACGAGCUGAGCUAUUUUGGUCAGGAGGGCAUGACAGAGGUGCAGUGUGGGAAGGUGACAUUUCAAUUCCAGUGCUCCUCCGACAGCACCAACGGGACUGGAGUACAGGGAGGACAGAUCCCUGAGCUUGUGUUCUAUGCAUAAGCUGCUCUGGACUGCUGAUGGAAAUGACCCUCGCCUCCCAGCCUUCAAAGUAAUGUAGCUAAAGACACUUGACUAAUGUCACACUAAAUGGCCUGGUUAGUUCUUUGAGAGACUAUUUUAAAAGCCAAGGAGCUGUUCUUUUAUCUUAUUUAAUUUAAUGUUAUUUUUGUUAUUUAAAUUCUGGGUUAACCUUAUUUGCUCUGGCGCCUGUGUUCAAAGGCUGCGGCUGCUGUAGAAACAACAUAAUACAGUGAUUUGUGGUUAUGUAAUCAAGCUGAGCUCCACAACUGGAAUUAGUAGGGACUGCUUCAAAUUGUGUAAUUGCAAGUCUAUAUACGAUGUUGUUACUAGAGUCCGAGCAGCAGUGUUACACCAGGAGCAGGAUUAUGUAGUGUUCUGAUUCUAAAUGCAAAAAAAAAAAAAAAAGAAAUCUUGUUGUUUUGCACUCCAGAGGACGGCCUCAGAAACAUUGUGUCUUUUGUAAAAUACAAUUUAACUGUUAGCAGCUUGAUGCUGUUAAAGAUGACCAGAUGUGUUCUGUACAAGAAUGCUUAUACACCUGAUGAUGAAACAUAAAGGUUAUAAUGUGAGUGAA